UUUGUUUUCAUUUAAUUUGUUUUCGGUUUUUGGCCUAUCUUUGAUAAUUAUUUCUUAAUGAAUAAUCAUCAAAAUGGAAAAUAAUCAACUAAUUAAAUUUGAUGUUGAUAUUGCAGAAACGUGCAAGGUUAAAUUAUUGAAUAUACUACCUGACGUACCAACAGUCGUUACAAAAUUAAGAAAAUCCAUGUAAUAUUGAAAAUCAAAAAUUCAUAGCAGAACUGCGAACAAAUUGUUCAGACAAACAGAGUGCUAUAAAUUGGAAAGAAAAAUUUGAAGAACUUAGCUACACCAGCUACAACGUAGACAGUACCUUUAACGAAAAUACCUUAAAAACUAUUUUUAAAUGCAUCUUUCACUGUUUACAUAAUACCAGGCCACCUAAAAGAGUCAAAACACCUCACUAUAAACAUGUUGAUUGUCCAGCAAAACUAACCAUUAAUGUCAAGAAUCCAAAAAUGAAAAAGAGUAAGGAUAUGUAUUUGAAAGAAUUUCCCUGUGUUAUUUCCAUUCGGUAUACUCACAACCAUUCCCUUUUUUGUGCUGAUGUACUGCGCCAUAAGAGACCUUCACAAGCAGCAGUUUAGAGAGUUAUUUGGGAAAGGUCAUUCCCCUUCUUCCGCAUUGGAAAUAUAUAAAAUGGAGUUACAAGACCUGGAUCCACAAAACUAUUAUAAAAUUGUAGCUGAUGGCUCAAAAUGCCCAACACGUC